AUGGGCAGGUAUGAGUACCCUUCCACAUCUUUCCUUAAUGUUGUUUUGUUUCUCCUUUGUUUCUGCCCCAUGGUGUUGUCCCUGCUAUCACAAAACCAAACAGAAACCAUGAACAACAUCUUAAAGAAUCUCACUCCUACUAUUUCAUGGAGUGGCUCAGACCCAUGUGCAUGGAAGGGAGUGAGUUGUGACCCUAUCAAUUCCUAUGUAGUAGGGAUAUCUUUAUCUGCGUUCUCACUCUCUUCUUCUGACUUUUUGCCUCUUGUUUGCAAAAUUGAAACUUUGGAGCAUCUUGAUGUCUCCAACAACCAUCUGAACUCAAUCCCUGAUGGAUUCAUCACUGAGUGUGGAAAGAUUAAGGGGUUGAAGUUGUUGAAUUUCAGUACUAACAAAUUAGGAGGUGUUUUACCUACUUUUCAUGGUUUUGAAGCAUUGGAAUCCCUGGAUAUGUCUUUCAAUAUGUUGAGAGGAAAUAUUGGAUUCGAGUUAGAUGGGUUGGUUAGCCUCAAAAGUUUGAAUCUUACUUUCAAUAAAUUCACUGGGUCUCUUCCAACCAAUUUGGGAAAGUCCAUGGUUUUAGAGAAUCUUCUGCUUUCUAACAAUCGCUUUGAUGGCGAAAUCCCUGAUGAAUUAUUGAGUUAUGAAAAUUUGACUUGGAUUGAUCUUAAGGCCAAUAAUCUUUCACGGUCUAUUCCUAUCAAUAUUGGGAAGCUUUCUAAAUUGGAAACCUUGAUCCUUUCCGCUAAUAACCUCAUUGGUGAAAUUCCAACUUCCCUAACGAGCAUCACCAAACUUUCAAGAUUUGCAGCAAAUUAUAACAAUUUCACAGGUACUAUACCACCAGGAAUUACAAAAUAUCUCACCAGUUUGGAUCUUAGUUUUAAUAAUCUGUAUGGAACUAUUCCGGGAGAUCUUUUGUCUCCACCACAGUUGCAGGUUGUAGAUUUGUCCAAUAAUAUGCUAAACGGAUCAUUACCUUCGAAAUUUUCUUCAAAGUUGUUCAGGUUGAGGUUGGGGAGCAAUCAACUGAAUGGAAACAUUCCUUCAGAUGCUUUUGUAGAAGGUCAUAAUUUGACAUACUUGGAGCUGGAUAACAAUAGCUUUACGGGAUCAAUACCAGCUGAGUUGGGUUCUUGCAGGAAUUUGGCAUUGUUGAAUUUAGCUCAGAACCAGUUGAGUGGUGUAUUGCCACAACAACUUGGUAAUCUUGAGAAUCUUCAAGUCUUGAAGCUUCAAUUAAACAAGCUUAAUAGUACAAUACCAACUCAAAUUGGUCAACUUCAAAAGCUGUUAACCCUGAACUUGGGCAGGAAUUCUCUGGGUGGAUCAAUUCCAUCUGAGAUUACACGUUUAAGCGCUCUUAACUUCUUGUACUUGCAUAGCAACAAUCUUAGUGGUUCCAUACCGACAACCAUUGACAACUUGAGUGUUCUUUUUGAACUCCAACUUGGGGAAAACCACCUAAGAGGUGUGAUUCCAAAUAUGCCAUUGAGUCUUCAGGUUUCACUGAAUCUUAGUAGCAACAUCUUUAGUGGCUCUAUUCCUAGCAGUUUCGGUAGUUUGAAAAACCUGGAAAUCUUGGAUCUCUCAAAUAACAACUUUUCUGGUCAAAUUCCCGAUGAUCUGACUAAAAUGAUAUCUUUGACACAGUUGUUACUUUCUAACAAUCCUCUGUCCGGUGAAAUUCCAAAAUUCACUCAAAAAAUUUAUGUUGAAUACGUUGGAACUAAUCUGAAAAAUAAUACUGCACAGGGCAACCCAACAGCCGACACUGUCUCGAAGAAGGGAAUAUCCGUUGCAGUAGCCAUUCUCAUUGCAAUUGUUGCGGCUAUUUUUCUUGUUGGGCUUGUCACUCUGGUGGUGUUGUCAUUUUCGCGCCACUAUUACAGGGUUAAUGACGAGCAUUCACAGUCCAGAGAAGAUCAUCAGCAAAGUCCGCUAAUCCAAAGUAAUUUGUUAACUCCUAAUGGAAUACAUAGAUCAAACAUUGUCUUCUCCAAAGCCAUGGAAGCUGUUGCUGAAACAUCAAAUAUUACUCUUAAAACAAGGUUUUCAACUUAUUAUAUGGCUGUCAUGCCGUCUGGUUCAAUCUAUUUUGUCAAGAAACUGAACUGGUCUGACAAGAUAUUGCCAGUGGGAAAUCAUGACAAAUUUGGGAAAGAGCUUGAAGUCUUGGCAAAAUUGAACAAUUCAAAUGUCAUGACUCCUUUGGCCUAUGUUCUGUCUACUGAUACUGCUUAUUUACUAUACGAGUUUAUCUCAAAUGGCUCCCUCUUUGAUGUUCUUCAUGGAAGCAUGUGUUUGUCUUUAGAUUGGGCUAGCAGAUACAGUAUAGCUGUUGGAGUGGCUCAAGGACUCUCUUUUCUUCAUGGAUUCGCCUCUAGUCCAAUACUACUCCUUGACCUGUCAAGUAAAAGUAUUAUGCUGAAGUCCCUCAAGGAGCCUCUAGUUGGGGAUAUUGAACACUACAAGGUGAUUGAUCCCUCAAAGAGUACAGGAAACUUAUCUGCAGUUGCUGGUUCAGUUGGUUAUAUUCCUCCAGAGUAUGCAUACACAAUGACAGUAACAAUGGCUGGGAAUGUCUACAGCUUUGGUGUGAUUCUGCUUGAACUGCUGACAGGAAAACCUGCGGUCACCGAGGGAACAGAAUUGGUCAAGUGGGUUUUGCGUAAUUCAACAAACCAAGAUUACAUUCUUGACUCUAACGUCAGUAAAACAUCACAAGCAGUCAGAAAUCAGAUGCUUGCAAUUCUUGAGAUUGCUCGUGUUUGUGUUAGUACAUCCCCAGAAUUAAGACCAAAGAUGAAGAGUGUGCUAAGGAUGCUCUUAAAUGCUAGAUAA